AUGAUGAACCUCUUCCCAUCCGUCAAUCUGCCUCGAAUCCAGACAAGGAAGGCCUUGCUUCUCCUUGACUUCCAGAAUGACUUUGUCAGACCCUCUGGGGCGCUUCCUGUUUCCAAUGCUACCGAUUUCCUCGAUAAUCUGCCCGAACUAGCCAAGGCUUUUCGCCAUGUUGGUGAUGUCGUAUGGGUACGGUCACAUUAUGAAGAGCCUCGACUACUCUGGGAUCCCGAUUCGCACGCAGAUCGAAUCGUGUUAACUUCUCGGUUGGAGGAUGACGGGAAAAAGCACGGCCAUGAGGAUCAUCACGACUCUACUAACGAUGAGGAAGCAUUUCUCACCAUUCAACCCCCUAGAUGCUGUCUUCCCAAGACGUCCGGUCAUCAGUUCCCUGCUCCGAUCCUAGCGGCCAUCGAUACCGACGGUGGCGACACUGUGCUUGAAAAAUCCAAUUAUUCUGCUUUCCAGAGCGAGGGCCUGGUUUUGACCUUUCGUACUCGCUUCGUGACUCAGCUUUACCUGUGCGGUUCCUUGUCCAAUGUGUCCGUCUACGCCACGGCCCUCGAUGCCGCACGUCAUGGCUUCUCCGUCACAUUGAUUGAAGAUUGUCUGGGGUUUCGCAGCUUUGGGCGCCAUGAAGAAGCCAUGCGCCGCAUGGCUGACAUACUUGGGGCCAGUGGAAUCACCACCGAUGAACUCUACGAAGAACUUGAUUGGCAGGAAACUGAUGCUAUCGCCUCCAGGCAUACUCCUGAACCAACCCGCUCCAUCACCGCUGCUGGCAUCGAAGGCGUCUUGGAUGAACUUGACGUGCAAGCUAAUCCUAGUCCCAGACAGACUAAAUUCGCUGCACGAGAAGAACAACCAGAACUGUCUCCGGAGGAUCGUCAACCGGGCAAGUUCAAUAUCGACGUGGGAACCAUGUCCGAUGAGGAUUCGUCCCUCCCAAGGUUACUCGAGCCUUUCCACGCUCGCUAUGGCUCAUAUUACAACGGUCCCAGGAAAUCUAUAGAGUCUUCAAUAGGGGGAAGGGGAGCCCACAGAUUGCGCCAGUCGAGCCGGCUUGAGUCCCGAACCGAGUCGGCAUCUCGAACGAACCGACGGAGCAGACGCAGGACGCCAGAAACAUACCUGGGACCCGGAACUGCCAUCGGUGAGCGGGACUCACGUAUUAUACACGAUCUGGACCUGCCUCCGGAUGCAUUUGAGAAGAUCCGUGGAGAAGUGGCCUGGCAAAAAAUGUACCAUCUGUCUGGCCAGGUCCCGCGGCUGGUGGCUGUGCAGGGACAGUGCAAGCCGGACGCAUCGAUCCCUAUAUAUCGUCAUCCAGUCGAUGAAGCAUCACCAUUGCUGCCAUUCACUCCCACUGUGGACCAAAUUCGGGUUAUUGUCGAGCGUAUAUUGAGACAUCCACUCAACCAUGUUCUCAUUCAGCUUUAUCGCGAUGGACAGGACCACAUCACUGAGCAUUCGGACAAGACACUUGACAUUGUCAGGGACUCCUCUAUCUGCAAUGUCAGCUUGGGAGCCCAGCGUGUCAUGGUUCUUCGCACGAAAGCUUCUGCCCGAGAGUCGUCACCCGACGAGAAAGGAUCCGGCCGGCAAACACAGCGGGUGCUACUGCCACAUGAGUCUCUUUUCAUUUUAGGCCAAAAGACAAAUAUGCGGUGGCUACAUGGUAUCCGUCCUGACAAAAGACCCGACUCGGCCAAGUCGGCAGAGGAACGAGCGUAUGGCGGUACGCGUAUCUCUCUCACAUUUCGGCACAUUGGCACCUUCACCGAUCCCGUUGCUGGUACCAUAUGGGGGCAAGGAGCCGUCGCUAAGUCCAGGGAAGAAGCAGGCAAGGUGAUCCAUGGGGACCCGACUGAGGCGGAACGGCUAAUCCGUGCUUUUGGACAAGAGAACCGUGCCACUGAGUUUGACUGGGAUGCGGUUUAUGGCGGUGGGUUCAAUGUCAUCAACUUUGUCACUGCUACUUCUGCAAGGUUGGUUCCAAGUGGAGACCCCGUGGCAGACAUGCGCGUGCGGUUGUGCCUUGAAGAGGCCGGUCAGCGCCACAAAGUGACAAAGCCUGACUCUUCAGAAUCAUCCGUAGCAGGUCAGCCUCAAUACUUUGAUCCGGAAGGUACUGAGGUUAUUGGGGAUGUCAACAUUCUUACCCACAUCGCGGAGCAUCCCCCGACGCGCGCGGGCGUGGAACCGUUGCCUGAGGGAUCCCGACUAUCGCAAAUUGAGGAGCUCUUGAGGAGCUGGCGGGAUUACCGGAAUGCUGGACGGCAGGGCGAGUUUGGCGCAUUAGAUCGCUGGGAGCAAGCCUUAGCCCAAGAUAGCCGGCAUUAUCUGAAUGGAACCGCCUUCGGGGUAGAUGACUGUUCUCUCUGGCCAGUCCUAAGGGAGAUUGAACAGAAGACCGGUGUGAUCUCGACUUCGCAGUAUCCCAGCCUACAUCGAUAUUACAAUCGUAUUGGCAAUCGGGGAUGUGUGAAGGCCGUAUUGGAGGAGAUGGGUCAGUCGUAG